UGCCCUGCCCUCGAAACUUCACGCGCCUCCAAAACGCCAAUGCGAUUUGUCCCUCUCGCUAGCAGGCGCAACAACCAGAAGUCCGACCAUAUAAGACAAACUCCGGAUUCAGGCUGCAUGCGAUAUCUCCCAGCCCGAUGACAGGAACCCAGACUGAGGAUUGGGCGAGGGGCCUGAACCACACCGAGGACGAAGACUCGGAGAAAGAGGGGGAAGAGGAGUCUCCACUGCUGUUCAACCCUCCCGAGCUCCGCAUUCGGGUCACGGCUGAAAAUGCCGACGACGGCCUUGGCGGCCCGGUCCCUCUGCAAAACAGCCCCGAGAUUGUCGGUGUGGGCCGCGAACCCGACGAUCGAGGCCAGACAGGAGCUGCGGGGACGAGGGAGGCGGUGGUGGGGUGGGCGGACCUCCCUCGGAAGCAGCAACUCAUAGUCCUCACCUUGGCUAGGCUGAGCGAACCGCUGGUGCAGACAUCUCUGCAGUCUUAUAUGUUCUACCAACUCAAGUGGUUUGACCCCACCCUUCCAGACUCGGUCAUCGCCAGCCAGGCCGGCGUCAUGCAUGCCAGUUUCACCGCCGCCCAGUUCCUGACGGCCAUGUUAUGGGGCCGGAUCGCCGAUUCCAGUCACUUUGGGCGCAAAUCCGUCUUGAUGAUCGGAUUGAGCGGAACCAUGUUAUCUUGCAUCGGUUUCGGCUUCUCUACCUCCUUCGCGCAGGCCCUGUUCUUUAGGUCCCUCGGUGGUAUCACGAACGGUAAUAUCGGUGUGCUCAGGACUAUGAUCAGCGAAAUCAUCAGGGAGAAAAAAUAUCAGUCCCGGGCAUUCCUACUGCUGCCCAUGACAUUCAACAUCGGCGUCAUAAUAGGUCCAGUUCUCGGGGGGAUUCUCUCGGAUCCCGCAGGGAGCUAUCCGAACCUGUUUGGCAACGUCAAGUUCUUCCUCGACUACCCAUAUGCGGCUCCCAACCUUCUCAGCGCGUUCUUCCUCUUCUCCGCCGUGCUGGCGGUAUGGCUGGGCCUGGAGGAGACUCUGGAUGCGCGUAGAGACCGGCGUGACGUCGGCAUCGAGCUUGGCAGCAAACUAGUCCGUGUCUUUAGGGCGUGCUUUUCGCGAGGCGGGCAGAAAGCUGUUUAUACGCCCCUGGCAUCCCGAGACCCCAGCAUUCGAGACGCCAGCAUCGAGGUGGAGUUGUCGCCCACGUCCGUCACAGCGCGGCCGUCGACGUCUUCCAUCUCCGCGCCUUUAUCGGCCACGGGAUCGGCGUCGAAGCGCCCAACCCGGCGCCGGUACACGCAGCGGCUGCCGUUCCGCCGCAUCUUCACGCGCAACGUCAGCUUCACCCUCAUCGCACACUCCAUCAUGGCGUUCCACAUCGGCACCUUCAACUCCCUCUGGUUCGUCUUCCUCUCGACGCCCGUCUACGACCCGGCCCACCCCCCGCCCUCGCCCCCGGCCCUCCCGCGCCGGCCCCCCUUCUUCUUCACCGGCGGCCUCGGCUUGCACCCCCGCGAGGUCGGCCUGGCCAUGGCCACCCUCGGCGUCCUCGGCAUCGGCCUGCAGCUGUUCCUGUACCCGGCGCUCUCCGCGCGCCUCGGCACCGUCCGGUCCUGGCGCCUGUCCCUGCUGUUCUUCCCCUUUACCUACGCCCUGGCCCCCUACCUCAGCCUCGUGCCCAGCUCGCCCGCCAGCCCGCCGCCCGCGCCCAAGGCGGGGCCCGCCGUCUGGCUCUCCAUCGCCGCCGUCCUGCUGUGCCACGUCGCCGGCCGCACCUUCGCCCUGCCCGCACAGACGAUCCUCGUCAACAACUGCACCCCGCACCCCAGCGUCCUGGGCACCGUCCACGGCGUCGGUCAGAGCGUCAGCAGCCUCGCCAGGACCGUCGGCCCCGUCCUGUGCGGCUUCCUGUACGGCCUCGGCCUCGAGCGGGGCGUCGUCGGCGCCGUCUGGUGGGGCCUGAGCGGCGUCGCCGUGUGCGGGGUCCUGGCUAGCUGGUGGGUCAGGGAGGGGGACGGCCAUGAGAUCUGGUUGGAGGGCGAUGAGGAGUGAGGUGGUGUCGACGGGCUGUUGUGAUGUAUCACGCAUUAGAUAGAAUAACGGAAAGAAACCCAAAUAUGACUUGUAUCAAACGGAAGUCGAGGCUUUGGUAUUGUCGUUGAAUUAAUAAAA